AUAUUAUUUUUUUUCUUUUACUAUUACCUUAAACAACAUGUUUAAAUGCGAACAGUGUCCGUCGGUUUUCAUACGUAAAGAUAAUUUAGUGAGACAUGGAAAAAUUCACGAUGGUGUUCGUUUCACGUGCACUAUCUGCGCGUCAUCGUUCAGUGUCAUGUCAAAUCUUAAGAGGCAUGAGAAAAAUACUCAUGGCAUCGUUCAGGCUCAUCGUCAGCCUGCACCGGUUGUUGCUCAACCCACUCGACAGAGUGUCAUACAGUUCGCGCCUCGCGUUGCCCCACAGGGCGACAUACAGAUUCCCCCUCAAAUUUUCAUCCCCGAUAUCCCAGCUGGUGGCUCGAACAUGGUAUCCGAGGACGAGAUUUGCAUGGCAGCUAUGGAAGAAUUUGAAAAAGUUCAAGACGAUAAUACAGACUCUUAUACAACUACGAGCGUAAACGGUAAACGAGUUUCCACCGCCAACACCACUUCGGCUGCUAGAGCGAAAAAAGCACGCAUGGAUAUGGUGAAGUCCCCCGGGUUAGUUGAAAUUUCAUCGUCAGCGGGUCGAAAAAUCAUCUGUUUCUAUGAAUGGUACUCGUUGAAAUAUGAUACAGCGGAAAAAAUAGAAGAACCAAAACGUCCAAAACCAUCUACUUCUAAAAAUAUAAAUUAA